GUGAUAACAUUUAGAAAUAUUUGAGCCACGGAAGAAAAUUUUUUAUUCAGUCGGUCAACAAAAACAACGCCGUUUUCAUGUUUCUGGUGGGGCUUACGGGAGGAAUUGCCUCAGGAAAGAGCACAGUGUCCUCUCAGCUCAGGGAGCUCGGCUGUCCUGUCAUUGAUGCGGACGUUGUGGCCAGAAAAGUGGUGGAGCCCCAAAGCCGUGCAUACCAGCUGGUGGUGAGGUACUUUGGACAGGAAGUUCUGCUUGAGAAUGGAGAGAUAGACAGGAAGAAGCUGGGUCAAAUUAUCUUCUCUGACCCUGAGAAACGCAAGCUGCUUAACUCCAUCACUCACCCAGAGGUUCACAGAGCCAUGCUCAAACAGAUCCUCUUCUACUUCAUACAAGGUUAUCGAUAUGUGAUCUUGGAUGUACCUCUGCUGUUUGAGACACGUCGUCUUACUCGCUUAAUGAAGCACACAGUGGUCGUCUACAGUGAUCCUGCAACUCAGCUGUCUCGGCUCAUGCAGCGGGAUUCCCUGAGCCGGGAGGAGGCAGAUCAGCGCAUUGCUGCCCAGAUGCCCCUGAGUGAGAAACGUGGCUUGGCCAGACAUGUAAUUGAGAACUCUGGUUCACGUGAGGAAACACACCGGCAGGUCCUGCGCUUACACACCAUGCUGGACGACUCCAUGGAGUUUCUGCCUAUCAGAGCCGUCGCUGUGGCUGCUGUUGCUGGUCUCGGUGGCCUUGUCCUGUAUAUGCUUAAACUGCUGGCAUCCUAGCCAUCAGGUGCAAGUUUUUAUAUAGAUACUGUAUAAGGUUUUAUGUUCACACAGGGAAUUACAUGAGGGUUUCCAUACAUAGGAGUAUGCUAAGUACGGGUUAAAAUGUGAUUUUAUUUCUUAGUAAUUUUUGUGGGAACUCGGGUGGUGCAGCAGUAAAUUACACUAGCCCAUAUCCGCUGGGAUCCGGGGGUGUGGGGGGUUGGUGGUUCAGGACCCACUGUAGAUUGCCGCCCUGUCCGGUGUGUGAUACUUCAUUGUCCCUGGUGAUUCAGGAGAACCUGGUUCCACCGUAACCUGACCAGGAUAAAGUGAAUGAUAUUUUUUUGUUUGUUAUGUCUAUGUGACAGUCUAAAUCUCAUAAUCAAAUAACUUCCAACUCACCCAAGGUUAAAAGCUGUACAUUAACCUACUUGUGAACAAGGUUAGUGCGUCCAUCCAGUAAAUACGUUAUCAGUUUCACUAACUUUUUGGCUAAGUGGACAUUUUUAGAAUUAAUAUUAAAGGCAUUAUACUUAAUAUUUGUAUUCACUAGAGUACUGUAGAUUUAAUUGGGAUAAUUUUAAAUAAAUACAUAUGUAAAGAUGUUUUUUUAAUUGUAGUUAAAGUUAAAGUCAAAUAGCUCUGGGCAAAACCAGGUCAUAGACAAAAGACACUAACUACAGUACUAAUGGUGACUGUAUUAGUGAUUGCAAGGCUGCUGAUUGAAACCCCACUACAGCCAAAUUGCCACUGUUGACCCCCUAUGCUAGACUAUCAACCCUCAAUUGCUUGUGUUGUAUUUAGUCAACACUGAGUCUGAGUGUGAUUUGGUCAGAAUUGUAAGUCACUGGGUAAAAUGCCAUAAUGUAUGUGUAUAUUUCUUGUCAAAACCCAAACACCUGGUAACCUUGGUUAUGAGAAGGUUAUGAUGAAGUAAUGAUUUGUGUUUGUGUGUUCAUGCUUAAAGAAAGUAGCAGGUUUUUACCUUAUGUGGGUUAGGUCACAGUUUGUCAGCACCAGUCCUGGAGGCCCACAGUGCUGCAGAAUUACAGGCUUUUUGUGCUUAAUCCCACCCAUGAAAAACUGAUCAUUAUUUUAUAAUAUUUUGAAGUAACCCUGCAAGGCAGUCAGCGUUGCUGUGUAGUGAUACUACUAAUCUAAUUAUAAAUUCACUUAUGUUUAACAUCAUCUGUUGGCCAAGAGUGUCUAAGCCAUUACAUAAGGCUGUUUAGACAGUAUGAUUAAUCAUUAAUUGCAGUGCUGUCUACAGAUUCGAACUAUACCUACCUGAGUGGAGUAGCUGGGGAAUUGCACUUUGGUAAUAAUGGGAGGUGGAAUGGUGAUAAAGCUAAAGUGUUGCAUAUACAGAACCAUGCUUUUACAAAUGUUUUAGAUAUAGAAUGUGAAAAAAUAUAUAUAUAUGCUUCAGAAUAUUCUGGGGUGCUCCUAUUAUACUGUAUAUGUGAAAAAUGGUCCAAUUAGCCAAAUUCUGAACAAUGUAGGUAAGUGAAAAUUAGCAGCUUUUUAUGUGAUAAUUAACUGCAAGCAUUAGGCAUGUCAUCUAGCUAGCACGUAAAAUUUGCUUUCACACAUGCAAGGCAUCUUUUUCUUUUACACUGAGUGUAUCUGAUGUCAUUUGAUCAUGCACUACUUUUUUUGUGAAAUCAUUUAUUAGGUUAAGUAUGUAGCAGUACUGUACCCUGAUUAAUGUGUACUUUCACUACAUGUUUUGGGGGUUGUAAUUAGGUAUGCAUAUUUUGCCAAUACUUUUUAACCGAUAACUGACAAGCUCAUAGUGUCCCCAUCAAAAUAUAAAACACGGCACAGUGAGUUUUAUCAACUAGUGUAACAUAGCAAUCGUGGCAGUAAAACAGUAAGAUGAACAUAAACACAGUGAGAAUAACUAGCUCAACAUCCAGGAUUUAGGUUUUAAAUUUUGGCCAUUAGUAAACAGUUCAUUACAAGCAUAGUUCUUUACAGUAUAAGUAAACUGAUACUAAUUAAAUAAUAGAGAUAUAGCCUGUAUAUGAAACGUUUUCUUGUAUUUAUUUUAAAAUGAUAGACAAUUUUAUCUUCAUACUGGGACAUGAUGCAAAAUAUCCACAUCAUUAAAGUAAAAAAUAAAAUCCACACAGACUCAGUUAUGCAGAGUUUAACAGCAUAACAGCUUUCAUAUAUAAAUUUGAUCUGUAAUAGUUCUCAUUGUUUAUUAUUUGUUCAUAGUUUAAAUUAUAUAAGAUUAUUAAGAGUGUUUAAAUAGUCGUUUUUACUGUCAGACUGUAUCUGCUAUUGAAAUGACAUUUUAACUGAUCUCAUCAAUUGAACAAGAAAUUCUUUAUCUGUUAACGGUUAAUCACAAUCACCCCUAGUUCUAAUCUGUUGCCAACGUAGCAGUUCAUAUACUCGUGACUAUCAUCAUAACAUGACCAUCCCAGUAGAGCUUGGGAUUUUAUUAACACUAAAAUGUUGGUGCAGGUAACCUACAAAUAGUGCAAAUCAAUCUGAUUACUGACCGACUAUAGUAGUUUACCUUAAGCGCAUGUACAUAAUUCAUGUAUUUACUAAAUCUAAUAGAAGCUCUGUUGGGGAUUAUAUCAGAUCGAGUAAAUUCUAAAAAAACAUAAGCAUUUUAUUCACACUAAACAUGUAAUCCGUCUUUCCCACACGUAUACACACAGUAAAUGAAUGUAUCUGUUAACAUGAGUGCUGCUUUUUGUAAAGUGAAAUAAAUGCACUGAACUGAUUGUAUUAAACCAGUUUGAAUUAAAAAACUGUAGU